AUGGCUGAUGAUCGUGUCGAACGCCUGUCUACACGGCUGGAAUCCCAGCCAAUUUUGAGGAGAAGAUUCAGGAAAGGAUUGGAUUGGAUCAAAACGCCUCCUGAAGCCCUUGGCGACAAUACUUUGCUUACAACCAAUGCCUUGAACUUGAACUUCAGCUCCCUGCGAGAAACCAUCCAAUGGAUGUCCACCCCGAAGAUCUCGGUCAAGUCGCUCUUCAAGAAGAUGAACCACGUGCCGGAGGAGAAAAGGCAACCUUGGAUUGAUGCCUGGUCCAUAAGGACCAUGGUCAGCUUUGCUUUGAAACGGCAGAGAGAUUCGGAAGAGAAUGUUCGCAAGCUGUUCAAGAUCAUCAAGCGCCGACGAAAGGAGUGGGCCAGAGCUGCAAGCAGGAAUCGACUUCAGGAGGAGGAAGAUGAGCAGGAAGAGGAAUCCGGGGAGGAUGAGAAUGAACCAGAGGAGGCAGAAGAUGAUCAUGAGGAUAAGAAGGGUAAGGGCAAGGGGCCCGCACACGGGGCCGCAGAUGACAAGGAGCAGGAAGAGGAUUCUGCCGGGGAGGGGGAAGGAGAGGAGGAGGAAGAUGUUGAUGCUCACGAUGCGAUUGUGGAACUGCCCGGUAGUGGUGGAAGUAGCAGCUAUGGAAUGCAACAGAAACGUGAUAAGCUCGCCGAAAUCAAUGCCCAGAUCGCAGAACUACGAAAAUCUUUGAUCGGGUACUUGGUGAGCCCAUCCGCAUCGAUGACAGCCCUGAACCCGAACGACGUCCUGCCCUUCGCCGUGCUCGCUCCAAGCGACCCAGCCCAGGAGCCAAUCCUGAUGAAGAGGACACCCAAGUAUGAGACUUCGGCUACUUUGCAUGGCCUCUCCUCAGCCGAGACCCUUGUGUUGCCGGGAAAGCCCUUGGACCGAGUGGAGCCCGAGGUUUCAGAGCCGAUCGUGACUGCCCAGGAGCAGAAUGCUUUGCGAGCACUGAAACGUCCUGCUAAGCGGGGACCCAAGGGCCAGGGGAAAGGAUGCAAGGGCAAGGACGGGGAAAAGGCAGAGGACGUGGGCGAGGCCGUGCUGAGGAUGUGCCAGCAGCUCUACGAGCUGCUGAGGAUGCAGGUGCCGUGGUGCCAGCAGAUCCAGCAGAUGCUGAGGAUACAGGUGCGAAUCCGCCGCCGGCAGCGGGUGGAGAUGGAGAAGCCCGUGAGCUGGGAUGCCCAAGGUGCCGGUGGAGCCGUGGAGGCUGCCUCACGUGCCGGAAUCCCAGCUACGUGUAUCGAGGAGUCCGUGGACGGCCACGAACCCGCAGCAGAGCUUGCUUUGGCAGAGCUGAAAGUCAAGGCCGAGCAGAUCCGCAGAGGUUGGUCGUCUCAGGAAGAUGCUGCCCUGGCGGCUCCUGUGCUUCCAGAAGUUGCUAGCACGGCUCCCCCAGCAGCCGGUGAUGAGCAGCAACACGCAAACGAUGAACACGAGGGUUGCCAUGAUGACUUAGCAGCAGAAACCGAGGCAAACCAGGAAAGCACUGCCACAGCAACAGCAGCAACCGAUGCAGACCAGGAAAGCACUGCCACAGCAACAGCAGCAACCGAUGCAGACCCGGAAUGCACUGACUCACCAGCAGCAGCAACCAAUGCAGACCUGGAAUGCACUCGCACAGCAGCAGCAGCAACCAAUGCAGUCACACGUCGUCCUGUAGCAACACCUGCCCGUACUCCACAACAGAUUUCACGACCAAUCUCAACCGAUGCACAGCCGAGAUCCCAGCAACUGUGGGAGCAAGAGUUCCCAGCAUCACCGCAUGCUGCCCCAACUCCCCCGAGUCCGGAUGAUGAUGAUGAUCUCCUGAUUAUGGAUGUUGAUCCCGAAGCUAGGCAGCAAAAGCAUUGGUGUAGAGGCAAGUUGUGCAAUCAUAGUCUACAUAGCCACGACGUCCUUACCCAUAUAUGGAGUUGCUACAUAAGACAUCGUUCCAAUAAAUGCCGGUCUAUCCCUAUAUAUAUAUAUAUAUAUACCUGUGGCCGUUACAACCUACUUAUUAUUGGUUGUGCCGGGUAUAACCCGGUUAUUGUACCUACGCCCGAUUAUAAUUGGGUGGCCGAAAUCGGCGCCCGUAUUUCACUGGAGCCCCUAAACCCGGGUCCAUAUAACCCUCAUAAUCCUCGAGAAUAA